UCACUCCAUGUACCAUGUGCAUGCCCUAUAUCAUCAUAUUCAUAUUAUUUAUAUUUAUAUAUAUAACCUACCAAUACAAUACAUUACAUGCAGUAGUACUCUCUUUCACACUCACCUACCCUCUCUAUUCUAUCUUUUAUUUUAUUUUUUGUUUUCUUCUCUUUGUUUUGUUCUUGUUUUCAGUCCAACAAAAACAUGGAACAGCCUCAACAACAACAACAACCACAGACACAACAACAUUCACCAAACAAUGGGAUUAUGGGAAGCAGACAAAGUAGUACAAGGUGGACACCAACAACAGAUCAGAUAAGAAUAUUGAAGGAUCUUUACUACAACAAUGGAAUUAGAUCACCAAGUGCAGAACAGAUUCAGAGAAUCUCUGCUAGGUUAAGACAGUAUGGUAAGAUUGAAGGCAAAAAUGUCUUUUAUUGGUUUCAAAAUCACAAAGCUAGAGAAAGACAGAAGAAAAGGUUCACUUCUGAUGUUAAUGUUGUUCCCAUCAUUCAAAGAGCACCAAACAACAAUACUAUUAUUUCUGCUGCUAAUUGGAAACCUGAUCAUCAUGAACAACAACAAAACAUUAAUGUUCAUACCAACCAUUCUACUUACAACAUUUCAUCUGCUGGGCUUUCUUCUGCUUCAUGUUCUUCUGCUGAGAUGGUUACUGUAGGCCAGAUUGGUAACUAUGGAUAUGGAUCUGUCCCCAUGGAAAAGAGUUUUAGGGAGUGUACAAUUUCAGCUGGAUGUAGCAGCAGUCAAGUUGGAAGUACCAUAAACCCUCACAUAGGAUGGAUUGGUCAUCAUGUCGAUCCAUAUUCUUCAGCUUAUGCCAACUUAUUUGAAAAAAUAAGACCAAAUGAAGAAAUCAUGGAAGAAUAUGAUCAAGGACAAGAAAAUGGUUCACCUGAAAUUGAAACCCUCCCUUUAUUCCCUAUGCAUGGUGAAGACAUUCAUGGUGGCUAUUGUAACCUCAAAUCAAAUUCAUCUAACUAUGGUGGUUGGUAUCAAGCUGAAGAUGCUGGAUUCAUGUAUGGUUCUCGUACUACUUCCUUGGAACUUAGCCUCAACUCUUACGGCUGUAGGUCACCAGAUUAUGCUAAUUAAAUUUGCUAAGUUUAAAGAUUUGAAGAUGAAGCUUAAUUUAUCUUAUAUAUAAUAAUAGUAUGCUACAUAUAUAUAAUGAAUUUAGGGUAUGUGUUAAGGUUAUAUAUAUUUAAUGAAUGUGAAAAUUAAUGUAGUUAGUUUGUUUCUGUUUUUAGUCAAGAGUUGUUCCUAACUUGACAAGUGUCAUGUAG